UCGUUCCCUCCAGCAAUCGAUAUCGCGAGAUCGAUUCAGUGCAGUUCAUGCUGUCAAAUGGAUAAUGGCAGCGACAGCGAUUGAAACCAUGUCGCAAACCAAUGGAUUUCAGUUGAAAAAAAGAGAGGACGUCGACAAUAAAGACAAUUUGUGGUCCUCUAUUCUGGCUGAAGUGCAAAACAGUGGGAGCAACAAACUACCGUCAAACAAAAAUGUUCUAGUUCUUGGGAAUAAUGAGAGCGGGAAAACUACACUCAUCGCGAAACUCCAAGGGGUUGAAGAUCCCAAGAAAGGAUCUGGACUAGAAUUCGCUUAUAUCGAUGUUCGUGAUGAUGACAGAGAUGAUCAAACGAGAUUAUCAGUCUGGGUGUUGGACGGUGAUCCUGGUCACGCGAAUCUCCUGCGAUUCGCCCUGAGCCCCGAGCGUUUCCCCCACACCCUCGUGAUGUUGGUGGCAGCAAUGACAACCCCCUGGGCCCUUCUGGACCAGUUACGGUCCUGGGCGGCCCUUCUGGGUGACCACGUCGACAAACUACCCCUCGACAACGAUACAAGGCAACAGUGUCGACAGGCCAUGGUAAAAAAAUGGCAGGACUACACUGAACCUGGCGAUGAGCUCGAUCCUGGAAGUCCUCUGAGACGCACCAGUCGCAAUCUUGAUGACGACAGCGAUAAUCUGCCUCUUCCCCAGGGUGUAUUCAAUACCAAUUUGGGUCUGGAUGUCGUUGUUGUCAUUACGAAGACAGACUACAUGUCCACUUUGGAGAAGGAGCACGAUUACAAGGACGAACAUUUUGACUUUAUGCAGCAGUGGAUCAGGCGAUUCUGCCUGCAAUAUGGGGCUGGACUUUUUUAUACUUCUGCCAAGGAGGACAAGAACUGUGAUUUGCUGUAUAAGUACCUUACACAUAGGAUUUAUUGUUUACCAUUUAGGACACCUGCACUUGUGGUGGAGAAAGAUGCUGUACUUAUACCUGCCGGUUGGGAUAAUCUGAAAAAGAUUGGAAUCCUCUAUGAGAAUCUCCAAUCCAUGACGCCAGACGACUAUUAUCGCGACGUCAUCGCUCAACCCUCAACAAACAGAAAAUGUGUAGCAAGAGAAGUCGAGGUUCAAGCUGAGGAUGAACAGGCCUUUCUGGCUAAGCAACAGGCGAUCCUCUCAGGCAUGAGGGAUCCAAUGCGUUCACCCACUACGCGCAACCAGGCAAGCUCCGGGCCAGUCAUGCAGGUACCCUCCCCCAAUAAAAAAUUGGAUCCAAAGGGGGCUGGUGCAACACCAGCAGGCGAGGGGGUGCUAGCCAGUUUCUUCAAUUCACUUUUGUAUAAGAAAAGUGGUGCAUGGCCUGGGGGACCAGGCUCACCGGGUACGCCAGGCAGUGUUGGCACGAGUCCGAUGAAAAUUGAUGAUGGACCAGUGGAUAAAGCAGCGAUGAGAAGCGAUGCAGCUGCAGAAUUGGAUCGCAUAACUCGGAGUAAAAAAAUACCCCCACCCGACCUAAACUCAUCCUCCGAGUGUUGAGAGGAGUAAAAAUAUAUCACGGAAUAAUCAUUUGUGGCCCAUCUACAUUCAGAUGCCCUCGGACAUCAGAAGAAGGUAGAAUGAAGUUCUCAGGAGAAACUAAUAGUGAAAUAGAGGUUUUAAAUCUUGUAUUUUUUUCGACUCAAUAUUGAGAUUCUCAAAAAUCAAGUCUCGUUUUGAAGGUGAUUAAAUACCUUCAAAAUUUUCAAUUUCAUUCAAGGUAAUCUCGAGUUAUUAAAGAUGGAAGAAAACACAUUUUCCAAUAUUUUCUUUUGUUCCCAUUUUUAUUUAAACAUUCAACAAAUUCGACAGCUGAUUCUCAGUCAUUCAAUGACACUGUCCCAAUAUGUAGUGCUAUAGAUCUUUUCAGUUGCAUAAUUUAUUAAUUUGCUAAUUAGGAACGCUAUUAAUUAUAAUAUCAAUUAGUAAAUUAAUAUUUGUGUCCAUUCGUGUCAUCCAACUGAGUUCCAGCUCUCAAAUUUGCCAAUUUCCAAGUCUCCUCCCUCAAUACGUUAAAUUAAUUAAUUGCUUAGUUUAAGUAAUUAUAAUACUCGAUAAUAGCUCAAUAAACUUGUAAAUUUGAUGUAGCGACGAAAAAAAACAGCAAUUGAAAAAGAAUGAAAAGUGCAAUAGUUGAAGCAUUUCAUAUUAUUCUUAUGAUUCCUCUAACGAGACUAAUUGAUGAGGUGGGCCGCAGAGAGUUCAGUAAUUAAAUUAUAAAAAAGUAAAUUGAAUGAAUGAUGAAGAAAAUUACAACAAGCCACAGCUAAACAAGCCUUACUCGUUGUGUUUGGAUACAAGAUACAUAAACGAUAUGAUUAUUGAUAGAUUAUUGAAUUAAUGUAAUUAAAUAUUUAAUAUAAAUAAUGAAAAUGGAAUUAUGCUUACGCACAUGUCUUUGCGUCGUACCAAUAGUAAAUUAUUUAGCCUUCAUUUCAGAUGAUUUGAAUUUUUUGUUGUCAUAAUUCGUUUAUUGAUCGGUCUAAUUUAGAGUAUCACAAAUUAGGGGAGUGAUUAUUGAGAGUGUGUGACGGGAAUUUUAUACGAGAUGUGAACAAUUAUAUCGAUUUUUGAUUUUUUAAAAUAAAUAGAUAGCUUUAGAAAUCUGCUUUAUUGGGCUCGGUGAGAUAAUUGGAUGUACUUUUUCCUUUUUAUGCGAAAACAAUUUGUCGAUUUGUCUAUUUUCAUCGAUGAACUCUCGUAUGCAUGUACUUUGGGAGGAAUCAGUCGAAAUUAUGAUUAAAUAAAUAAUUUUUCAUACAAA